GGAACUUCUUCAUCCCUCCAGUGAAAAUCUUUUGAAAAUGAAUUAAGGAUUUUGGGAAGCAUCUCACUGAUCUUAUUGCGAGGAGACUGAGCUCGCACAUAGAAAGGUAAUGAGGGAUCGCACCUGAAGAUGGAGCUUUUCUGUAUUUUAAUAUUUUCGGUCCUCCACCGGUACGUGCAAGCGCAAGGAGUUUACGCUCCUGCAAAUGCACAGAUUGUGCAUUCUGGCCAGGCAUGUGUUGUUAAAGAGGACAACAUCAGUGAAAGAAUCUACACCAUUAGAGAAGGGGACACAUUAAUUCUGCAGUGCCUGGUCAAAGGACACCCACGGCCACAGGUGCGGUGGACCAAGACUGCAGGCAGUGCCUCUGACAAGUUCCAGGAAACGUCCAUCUUCGAUGAGACUCUACAGAUCCCCAACAUCCAGAGAGUUCAGGGUGGCCGCUACUACUGCAAGGCUGAGAAUGGAGUAGGGGUGGCUGCCAUCAAGUCCAUUCGUGUAGAUGUGCAGUAUCUGGAUAAGCCCGUGCUCACAGUGCACCAGACGGUGGGCGAUGUACGAGGGAACUACUAUCUGGAGAAAACAGUGUUUUUACGCUGUACGGUGAACUCUAAUCCUCCAGCGCGCUUUAUCUGGAAAAGGGGAAAUAGACAGAUAGAACAAAGCAAAGACAAUGGGGUGGACAUCUACGAGCCUCUAUAUACACAGGGUGAGACAAAGGUGCUGAAACUGAAAAAUCUUCGUCCUCAGGAUUUUGCUAAUUACACCUGCCAGGUGUCCGUACGGAAUGUGUGUGAUAUUCCAGACAGCUCAGUCACCUUUCGACUCACCAACGCAACAACACCCCCUGCGCUGAAGCUGUCUGUGAACGAGACGUAUGUGGUGGACCCAGGCCAAGACGUCACGCUCUCCUGCGAGGUAACGGCAGGCUUCCCCACACCUACAGUGACCUGGUCGCGGUAUCCUGGGUCUCUCCCGCGGAGGUCCGUGAUACGAGGGGGGUCCCUCACUCUCUGGUCCGUCAUUCCUGAUGAUGCUGGUGUCUACAACUGCACCGCCGUCAAUAAUGUCGGAAACCCUGCAAGAAGAACCGUCAACCUCAUUGUGAGAACCAUGAAGAACUUAACAUUCCAGAUCACCCCGGACUCCAACAAAGACAGCGAGAGCAUACAGAUGGGUCGAGACCUCAAACUGUCUUGCCACGUUGACGCCCAGCCUCAGGAUAAGGUGUACUACACCUGGUACAAGAAUGGAGCUCUCAUCUACCCCACCGACACCCUGAUUGUGCUACGCAGUGACCCGGACAUGCCACCUGGUACCAGCAGCCUAGAAAUUGUGGACAUGAAGUUCAGAGAUCAGGCCACAUACAGCUGUGUUGCGAACUUUCCAGGGAGCAGCAUUCCUGAACUGCGCGUUGAUGUCAACAUCACGCAGAGCAGUGUCGUUCCUCCUGUUCUGAGUUUGCCAGUCGGAGGGGGUGUGGUUAAUGCCAGUGAAGGUGGUACAGCAGAGCUUGUGUGUUUGGUUGAUGGUAAACCCCGCCCACCUGUUCUUUGGUCUCGUGCCAACAAGGAUCUGCCCAUGCCAUCAGGGGACUGGGUGGUGGAGACUCGUGAUGGACGUUUGCGCCUGACCAGUGUGACGCGGGAUAUGAUGGGAGCGUAUCGCUGUCAAACUGCACCUUACAACGGCUUAAACAUCAAACGCAGACAGGCGCAGGUGCAGCUCAAUGUGGAAUACCCUCCUGUUGUAGAUCCGGUCUUGAUGGACGUUCGCUCUCCAACCUUCCAGAUGGUCAAUCUGCGCUGUGCGGUUCUGAAGUCCAAUCCAAACCGGAUAGCCAGUGCCCGCUGGUACUGCAAUGGCAUGCCCAUCCGAACCCCACCGGUGGACCCACAAAGUAUUCCUCAGCUCCGGUUUAAACUGGACCCAAAUAAUAAUGGCACUUACGAGUGUAGAGUGAGCAAUGGAGUUGGGACCUCAACCUGCACUUUCAAUGUUUCUGCCCAGCCGUUUAAUGCAGAGUUUUACUAUGACACGCCAAAUCCCAUUCGCACCUUGAAGAACAAUUAUUCGUACAUCUUACAGUGGACACAGAGAGAGCCCAAUGCUGUAGACAAAAUCAUCGGCUACUGGAUUAACGUCAAACAGAACACCCAAACGAUUUUGUCCAAGCAGAUCACCACUAAAGAACCAGUGAAAGGUGUUCUGAUGUCCUACACACUCACAGACUUACGUAUUCCCCUGUCAUAUGAGGUCAGCCUCAGUCCUGUAACCAGUUUUGGGAGGGGAGACACCGUAACACGCAUCAUACAGUACUCAGAGCCCUACACUUACCCGCGACCUUCAGAUCACGUAUGUGGGUUCGAAGAUGUGCGGAUAUGUGGGUUCACUCAAGACCGCGGCGAUGUGUUUGACUGGACCAGACAGAACCAUCUCACCCAGAACCCCAAACGCUCUGUUAACACAGGGCCUGAUAUGGACAGGAGUGGGACAAAAGAAGGCUACUACAUGUACAUUGAGACAUCAAGGCCACGUCAAGCAGGGGACCGAGCCCGUCUUCUCUCUCCACUCUACAAUGUGACGGCAGCACGAGGACCAACAGGGUCCACCAGAGCCCCUUACUGCAUCUCCUUCUACUACCACAUGAACGGAAAACAUAUCGGAACACUAAAUGUUCUGAUGAGGGUGAAGAGUAUAGCCAUUGUGGAUUCUGCCAUCUGGACACUGUCUGGACACCAGGGUCCGGAAUGGAGGAAGGCAGAUUCUGUGAUCUAUCCAAGUGGACCCUUCCAGGUGGUAUUUGAAGGUAUCCGUGGAAACGGCUUUGAGGGAGACAUUGCUAUUGAUGACGUUUCUGUUACCAAGGGGAAAUGCAAACAGCAGGAUAACGUGGACAAAACAGGUCUGUAA